GAAAAAAGAGUCCAGAAAGCAACAGGAACAAAGUUGUAGGACCUGCACCGCCUCGUUAAGCCGUGAAAUGCUGUUCAGCGUUCAGGACAUAGCAAGCUGUAAACUAUAAAGACAGCAAAGGGGAUUUCUCAGCCUUGGUCUGCGGAGAGGCGUCUCCUAAACCAAUUUUAAAGGCAGCACAUCGAUGCUCCUCAGUUAGGAUCUCCUUACUUUAUCUAAGCUUGUUUUCAAGCUUUGAUAAGGAAGGUGGUCAAUUUCUCACUGAAAAUGCCUUAGUCUGCUGGGACUUCUGCUGUGGAAAACAACCGUUUCCCCCUCCACACCUGGCUAUAGUGUGUUUAAAACUUUUUCUGACCCCUGUGACAGACGUUAGAGGGGCGAAAGAAGAGCUGUUCCACCGUUUCCAGGUGUACCACAUAGUUUAAUCUGUGCUAACAUUGGAUUAUUAUUCGACAAUGGCGUCACAUGGGGAGAAUGCAGAAGGAGUCAACGAAGAGUAUAAUGAAAUCAUCAAGUGGCGAUCCGAUGAGCAUGAUGCUGUCCAGAAGAAAACAUUCACUAAAUGGAUGAAUGCACAGUUCUCUAAGACGGGGAAGACCCCCAUCAAAGAUUUAUUUUCUGACCUGAGGGAUGGAAAGAAGCUACUGGACCUGUUGGAGGGUCUCACUGAAACUGUCCUGACCAAAGAGCGAGGUUCCACCAGGGUGCACUCCCUCAACAAUGUCAACAAAGUCCUGCAGGUCCUGCAUCAAAAUAAUGUUGAUCUGGUAAACAUUGGAGGGACCGACAUUGUUGAUGGAAACCACAAACUGACAUUAGGUCUCAUCUGGAGCAUUAUUCUUCACUGGCAGGUGAAAGACAUCAUGAAGGACAUCAUGUCCAACCUGCAGCAGACUAACAGCGAGAAGAUCCUGCUGAGUUGGGUACGGCAAUGCACACGCUCGUACCCGGAAGUCAACGUGCUGAAUUUCACCACCAGCUGGUCUGACGGACUGGCCCUGAACGCAAUCCUCCACCAUUUCAGGCCAGGUGCGUUUAGCUGGGAUCAGGUGGUCAAAAUGAGCCCUGUGGAGAGACUCGACCAUGCUUUCACCUUUGCCAAAAACCAGCUAGCUAUAGAGAGACUCCUGGACCCUGAAGAUGUGGCGGUGCAGUUACCAGAUAAGAAGUCCAUAAUCAUGUACGUUACUUCGCUGUUCGCCGUGCUGCCCAAGGAUGUGAGCAUGGAGGCUAUCAGAGAGGUAGAGACACUGCCUCGCAAAUACAAAGUAGGAGCUGAAGGGUCGAGUCCAGGAGUCAGUAUGCAGACUGUGCAGACAGAGGAGGCCGGCAGCAGCCCACGUCCCGAGACCCCCAGCACCCUUACAGAGACGGAGGGCGAGAUGGACGACAGCCUGCUGGAAGUGGACCUGGACGGCUACCAGACGACUCUGGAGGAGGUUUUGACUUGGCUGCUGUCUGCUGAGGAUGCCCUGCAUGUCCAGGAUGAGGUGUCGGACGACGUGGAAGAAGUUAAAGAGCAGUUCCACACACAUGAGGGAUUUAUGAUGGAGUUGACGGCUCAUCAGAGCAACGUGGGUAAUGUGCUGCAGGCGGGCAACCAACUCAUUGUUCAGGGCAACCUAACAGUGGAAGAAGAAGAGGAAAUUCGAGAGCAGAUGACCCUCCUCAACUCUCGCUGGGAGAGUCUCAGAGUGGCCAGCAUGGACCGCCAGGCCAGGCUGCACGAGGUUCUGAUGGAGCUUCAGCAGCAGCAGCUACAGCAGCUCUCUGAUUGGCUGACGCUGACGGAGGAGCGAAUCAAAAGCAUGGAGACGGAACCAGCAGCUGAUGACUUUGAUCUCUACAAGGACAAGAUAGAAAGACAUAAAGAACUUCAGAACGACUUGGAGGCAGAGCAGGUGAAGGUCAACUCUCUAACGCACAUGGUUGUCGUGGUGGAUGAGAACAGCAGUGAGAGUGCCACUGCUGCCCUGGAGGAGCAGUUGCAGUCUUUGGGUGAGCGCUGGGCAGCAGUGUGCCGCUGGACGGAAGAAAAGUGGCAGAAGCUGCAAGAAGUUUUCCUAGUGUGGCAGCAGCUUUUAUCUGAUCAGAGCUUGAUAAGAGAUUGGUUGGCAGAAAAAGAAGAAGCUUUAAAUCAAGUACAAACCUGCAACUUCAGAGACCCCAGUGAAAUGAAUGCUAAUGUGCGCCAGCUGACAAUUUUAAAAGAAGAUAUGGAGAAAAAGAGAAGGACCCUGGAUAAACUGUCUGAUGCAGGUCAGGAUGUUAUGCAGCUGCUCCAAAGCGCUGAAGCAGCUGCUAAGAUUGAGGCCGACACAGAGGAGCUGACGCACCGAUGGGACGGCCUGGUUCAAAAACUAGAGGACUGCUCCUUCCAGGUAAUGGAGGCUGUGACAGAUGCUGGAAUGACUCAGGUGGAGGAAGAGUUGAUGGUGGAUACUGCUGCAGCUGCUUCUUCUGCUAUCGACCAGGAGUUAGCCCAACCUGCUCCUGCUAAAAAAAGAUUGGUGGAGACCGAUGCAGAAAUCAGACGACUGUUUGAAAAUAAGCUCUCGGACUUGAUGGGGUGGAUUCAAACCUGGAAGACAUCGGCUCAGUCACUGUGCUCCACACAUCCUGAAACUACAGCUGAUGCAACAGACAUGCAGGAGGAACUAAAAGAGCUGGAGAUUCAACUAAAAGAGAAGGAAAGCGCAGUGAGUGAAAUGACAAAAGAAGGACGCACCCUGAUGGACCAACUUGAGAGAGAGGGAGCGGAUGUUGAUGCAGUGAGGGAAAACAUAGACCUGAUUCAGACCGAGUGGGAUGUCUGUGGCAGGGAGCUUCAGGCCGCUUCUGACAGGGUUCACACUCGGACCCGGAUCAGACAGGUUUCUGCACAGCUCGCUGACCUCGACCAGAUCUUGGAGAAACACGACCAGUGGUUGGCUGAAACUUCACCUGUAGACAGCUGCGGGGAGGUUGAGCUGAGAAAUUUGAGAGGAGAAUGUAAGGCCCGUCUUGCUCAGGUCUCUGCCUUCGGUCCACAACUGGAGCAGCUGUCCUCGGAGGCAGGAACACUUGGAGCGGUGCCCUCUCUGAAAGACAACCUGGUUGUGGUUUCUGCACAUCAGUCCUCCACGCUACAGCAGCUGCAGAACAGAGAAGAAGAAAUGAAUCAAGCCUUGGCCGGUGUUGAAGCCACCCAGGUGGCUCAGGAUGCAGUGCAGGGUCUGGAGGCCAGGUUGGCUGCGUUAAAAGAAGGGAUCGUAGACAUGCAUACAGCAGAAGGGGCAGUGGAGCGAGCCCAGGGCCUGUGUUUGGAAAUUGAACAAACACAACAAGCAACCGAUCCGGCUGAACUACAGAAAUGGAGCCAGCUCUCAUCAAGGGCUCGUGAGGAGCAUGGCAUGCUGCAGUGCAUUCUGGGAAGCAUGAAGGACAACCAGGUACGUUUAGAGCAAGUGGAGCGUUGGCUGGAUGCCGUGCAGGAGCUGUUGUCUAAGGACGCCUCCGGCCUGGGUGAUGCAGAGAAUCUGCAGGCAGAACUUAAUCAGUGCAAGGAGUAUGUGAGUGAGAUGGAGCAGAUGAAACGUUCACUAAUGCAGAUGGAAGAAAAUGUAAAGUCUGUGCAGGCAUCAGCAGUCCCAGGACUGGCCCUGUGGGGGCAGGAUAAGUUGGACCAGUGUGAAGGAAGAUGGACCAAACUUAGUCAAGAG